AGUUAGCUAGCCAAACUAGCUUGACAAUGCCUGUAAAUCAUGGAUGUAUAAAGCCUUAAAGUAAAGUUAUAACAAAUGCGCCUAUUCGCUUAUAGUCAACAAACUAAAAUGAUCCAGGAACAGCAGUUGUACUUGGCAAUUCAAACUUUAAACACGACCAUGAAUGAAGGACUGAUCCCGUAUCAGCCACCUCGGCACCGGAUGUCGGUAAGUAAGAAAGCAAGUGCCGUUUUCUGCAGUGAAUUCUACAGGAAAUACCUUCCACUGUGGAGAACAUUUGUGAAGGGCUGCCAUUUUACCGACCUUACGCAGCACAAAUUAAUUAUGGGGGCCAAAGUGGUCCAGCUCACCUCUAAGUCCCACCACGAAAACAUCCUGGCCUCUCUGCACCAGCUGAUGCUGCAGGGACAGCUGAGUGACGUUACAGUGCAGGUAGACUACCAGGGAGAGGUACAGGAGUUUCAGGCCCACCAGUUGAUGCUCGCAGCGUCCAGCGGCUACUUCAAGAAGAUCCUUCUGUCUCCGGAUGCUACCAGAGACAAAGUCUUACUCUCCAGUAUGCACUCCAAUCAUUUCUCCAAGUUUUUGGAAUUUGUGUACACUGGUAAAGUUGAAGUUGUUAGAGACAAGAUUGGUGAUGUUCAAGCAGCGGCACAACUUUUGGACUGCCAGGAUCUGUCAGCGGUUUGUGGUGAGGCCAUGAGUGCUGGAAUCCUACAAAAACCUACAAGGAAAACAUCUGCAUCAACCGUUGUAGAUAACUUGCAUGGUGCCAAGAAAGAAAAAAGGACCAAAGGGAAGAACCAGCCUAAAAGCUUACUUCUUAAGCGGUCUCCGCAGAGCUCUGAAAAAGAAGUAAUUUCAAAAAGGUUAAAGGUAAAGAAUGCAGUAAAGGAUGGAAAAAGACUAGGAAGAACUCUAAAAUUGAGGUUGGCUGGCCAUAAAGUCCUUCGGAGGCAUUUAAACACCAAAAGAGGGGCUAACCCUAACAAUGAAAACCAAGUUGCAAAUGAAGACACAGAGAAGAAUGAGGACAGGACUGAAGCCGAGGCUCAAGCAGAGAAAAUGGACGAGUCGUCAUUGGGAAUGCCAGCCUCUGAUGCGGGUGAUUGGAAAUGUGGGGAGGAUGUGCCGAGCAGUGAUCCCGAAGGCUCAUUGUUGUUAUCUCUGGAGGAGGAGGAGGAGGAGGAGGAGGAGGAGGAGGGUGGUGAGUCCAAGGGGACAUUAAAAAGAACAUCCAAGGCCCAGUUCCAGUGUAACAAGUGCCAACGGACCUUCCACUAUGAAAGAAGCUACUUGAAGCAUAUCAGUACGUACCAUGGAGUAAAAGCAGAUGUGGUCUAUCGCUGUGAGACCUGCCAGCAAACCUUUGCUAACCGCAGCAAUCUGAAGAUCCAUGAAAAGCACGUUCACAGUAAUGAGAGGCUUUUUGUUUGCGACUGCUGCGCAAAAGCCUUCAAACGAAAGAAGGAUGUUGUCCGCCAUCAAAGACAGGUACAUGAACGUAACAGUCUGCGACAUGUCUGCCCUGACUGUGGAAAGGCACUCAGCUCCAAAACCGCCCUGCUGUUGCAUGAGAGGACACACACCGGCGCAAAGCCUUUUGAGUGCACCGACUGCGCGGCCAGAUUUACCCAGAACUCCGCCCUCAAGAUGCACCGCAGGACUCACACAGGAGAGAAGCCAUUUGCAUGUGACGAGUGUGAUGCACGGUUCACUCAGAAGCACAUGCUGUCCUAUCACAAGCGAUCACACACAGGAGAGAAGCCUUUCAUGUGUGAGGCCUGUGGGAAAAGCUUUGCAUCGAAAGAAUACCUGAGACACCACUCAAACAUCCACACGGGGUCCAAGCCAUACAAGUGCGAAGAGUGUGGUCGAGGCUUCGCUCAGAGGAAUUCCCUCCACCAGCAUUUAAAGAUACACACGGGUGAGCGUCCGUACAGCUGUAAAGACUGUGACAAGCAGUUCACCCAGCUCAAUGCCCUCCAGAGGCACCAGCGUAUUCACACAGGAGAGAAGCCCUACAUGUGUGGUCUUUGUAGUCGCACCUUUACAGACAAGUCCACCCUUCGCAGGCACACUAUGAUUCAUGACUCCGAUGCUCCCUGGAAGACCUACCUGGUAGUGCUGGAGGGAAAUAUGGAGGAUAAGAAAACCAGAACUCCCACUAAGGGAAAGACAGAAAAAGCAGGAGCAAGGGAGAAAAAGAGCACCGCUAGAAAAGGUGGCGGCGGUGCUGCUGCUGCUGCUGGUACUGGUACUGCUGGCGGUCAUGAUAAAACCCUCACUGACUUGUCCGCGGCUCACAGUAUCCCCUUGUACUCUGAAGCUUCCUCCACCUCUCUGUCUACACCCACUCUCUCAGUUCCUGUUUCUGAUGGCACAUUGGCGUCAGUCUCAGAGGUCCCAAAUGUUUCUACGUCUUCUGUCCUGGAAGCUGCCGCCUCGCAGACCAUUUUGGCUCCAGUUUCAGAGACUAAGGCCACUUGUGAGACAGAGAUUUUGCAGCCUGAUAUUCAAACUGUGAUUGUCGGUGAGGAUGCUUGUGGAAGGAAACCAAAAGCUGCUGUCCCAAGUGAUGGAGAGCAGGGGGCAGCAGAUAAGCCCUUAGGUGAACCUGAAGGGGCCCCAGCUCAAGAUGCUGUGUAG